UAAAAAAUAAAAAAUGCAAGAAUCAAGGGAUUUUUUAGAUCUGAAAUAAAUGAAAAAGUUUUCUGAUUAAAUCAGUAGUCCGUUCACACACCCACAUGUUUUGUUAUAUUUUUUCUUUAAAUGGUGCCUUUAAUAGUUACUGUAAUGUCUGUAUCUGUAAUCGAGUUAAAAUCUAUUCAAUAACCAAUGUAUUUCAACCAUGACGUCAAGCUCGGUCGCAAUGAAACAAAUGUAUUCAAUGACUUUAGAAAAUAAACUUUUGAGUGAGGUUUGGACUAGAUCUAAAGUAUCAUAUAUCAUAGACUGCCUCAAUAAGAAUAAUACUGAAGUUCCAAAGUAUUUUAAUUUGAAUCGGUUUUGCGUUACUAAAGUUAACGACGAUGUUAUAUUGAAUAGAAUAACGCAAGACUAUGGUUUCCAGAAUGUAUUAAGGUUGAUACCUUGCGAAGAUGCCUUUGAAACUAUUUGGGAAGCACACAUAGCAGAUAAUGUACAUCGCACACUCCUAGAAACAAUGAGAAUAAUCAGAAUAGAUAACUUUAUUGAAUUGAGUAAUAUUGAAACGGUAUUAAGCUUAUGUGAUGUUUGUAAGGAUAAAAUGGGCAAGCAGAUUAUUAAUAAGCAAUGUGCAGUAAACAUUGUAAGCAUGACUGACAAGCCUGUUGAGGACUUCAAGUUUAUUUUGGUGUAUGAAGACUUGGGUACCGGCUUAGUUCAGCUGAGGCCUUUAGCAAACAACAGUGAUGUUGAAAUAGCUAUGGAACUGUAUAAAAUCUUUGCCGAUUUUGGACAGCCAGAUGAACUCCUUGUUGAUGAUCCAAGUUUUUUUUCCGUGACAAGAACCAAAUUGUUACAUAAAUGUUCAAAGUUUUUACUUUUAGGUCAUUUUAAAUUAAAACAUAGGCACAGUUCAAAAAAGUGGCUUAAACACAUUAGGACAUUGAUGGAUAGACUGAUGGAAUAUUUGAAUGUAACUCAUUGGGUAACAUUGUGUUAUGUUCUGCAAUGGAGAAUCAACAAUACAAACUUAUCUAGAGUAUCACCACAUAAUUUAGCAUUCAAAAAUAAAUUUCUUGAAGCACAACAAAUUGUUAAACACAUUACACAACCUCCAAUAAUUCCUGCUGGAAAUUUAAAUCAUCUUCAUCAAGAAAAAACUGGUCAUAAAAAUACAGAGCAAAUAAAUGUCUCUGACAAUUUUUGUGGUUCAAGCACUAGUUGCUCUGAACCAAUGAUAUUGGAAAUCUUAGGUGUUUCACCUGUACUAACAGUUAAAGAUAUGGAAGAUAAAACGUCUGCUUCAUGUAAAGAGUGCGGAAAAGAAAUUCUUACAAAACUUUACAAUUGUCAGAAAUGUAAAAGUAAUUUGCAUUUGUACUGUGGUCAUAGAAUUGUUGCAGCUGAAGCGAGCAUCGUCUUAAUUGUCUGUAAAGUUUGUAGAGAUUUAUGAGGUCAUGAGAACCACAGUAGAACAAAUGAACAGACAGAAUGAUGAUGUUUAUGGAAUCCAUCCUAACCUUAAUAUAAUUUUAUGAUAAAUAUUGCCUAAUGUUAUGAUGGCAACACCAGUA